AUGGAGGCCGGCUCGAUCUGGUCGCGCCAGCUGGAGGCCCUCCGGCUGCGCUCACAGGUCGGCGUGCAGGCGACGGGCGGCCGGGAGGCACCGAGCUGCUUCGACCUCCGGAUCCCGUGGUGCAACACUCACCUCAACUGGAAGGUGAUAUUUGACACUCACAUGCCAAGCAUGGCGCCAGAUUUCAUUUUUAACGAUGACACAUUUUUCCCCCUGCAUCCCAGAUGUUUGGAGGAAGCCCACCGAAAUCCAAUUAGGGAGAGUCUUAUCAGUUGGGCUGGAGGAGAUUGCAUGAGCCUCCAGAGAGUGACAAGUGCUCUGCUGCAGGGGUACAGGUAUCACCAGACUGCCAAGAUGCGGGCGUUGAAUGAUGCACGGCUACAAUUUGAGCUCGAAACAUUACCUUCUGACCGUCCCAUGGAAUUUCUGUUGGAAAAUGGAAGUGAAGGACAGAGACAGGCAUGCUUCUGUUUUUCUUUGGAGGACGUCAAUCUCAAAGACUUGCACUCGUUGGUCUAUCCACCUUGCUAUGGAGAACCAUCGUCACCGUGCAACCCCUUCAAGCUGUUGAUCUCUUUUGGGGUUUUCAGCACAAGUCCCCCAACUGUGUCAUUGCAGGCACCCGCUUGGCUGACUGGUCUUGCCCCUCCGAUCGACUGCCCCUCAUGGCGAGCCGAUGACUGCAUGAGUGAAUUCCUUCCAACAGUCGUCACCAGCCUCCAACAGCAGGUUCAAAACACCAUCGAGCGGCUACGAAACCGGGGAAUGAUUUUCGAAGGUCUGAAGGAAGUUUUGGGUCCGCCCCUGGAGACGAGCUAUGGAAGGAAGCCAACUGCUUGCUUUCCAGUCGUUCAUGGACACGUCCAGUUCCUGCUGUUCCUGUCUGUGGGUUUGGGGUUCCCUGAAGACAAACCAGAGAUAUGGGUCCAGAAUGCCAGGCGACCCACCCGCCAAGGCCCUGUGCUGCCCUUGACGAUGGCACGGUGGAGCCCGAGGUGGCCUCGUCAAGAAAUGGCAAAGAGGGUGGUGGGCUUUCUGAGGGAUGAGAUACAACGGCUGAAGAACAAGGGAGACAUUUGA